CAGAACUGACUUCACCAUGACAACCAAGGAGUCCCAGAGUGCCGAGAAUCACCGUGGCAACGGCAGCUCAGAAGCGGACGGCGGGGCGAGUAAGGACGCGGACAAGUUCCCCAUCCUGGCGACUGCACCGGCGUACUUGAGUAUCUUCUCGUUUUUCUUCAGCCUGCUGAUGGUGAUGCCAUUCCUGCCGUUCAUGACCAAGGACUUUGUGGAUCGACCGAGAAAUGAGUUAGGGUACUAUGCUGGAUUUCUAGCCAGUGCUUUCUCAGUGGGUGACUUGAUAGGCAGUGCGGUGUGGGGCACGUUGGCGGAUCGCUAUGGCCGUCGCCCCAUCAUGAUCAUGUCGCCGAUCGCCUCCUCCGUCUUCGUCAUCUUGUUCGGCCUGAGCCGGUCGUUUGCGUGGGCGGUGAUGGCACGCCUCUGCUGGGGCGCGGUGGCCAGUACAAUGGCCGUCACCAAGACCCUGCUCGGCGAGCUGUCCACCGAGAGCACGCGGGCGCGCAUGUUUGCGCUGAUCGGCUUCUCGAAUGGCGUGGCUAAACUGCUAGGUCCCGGCCUCAGCGGCUUGCUCUACAAGCCGUCGGCCAAGUACGCUAGCAUGGACACAGAGUUCUGGCGCUCGCACCCGUACCUGCUGCCCUGCCUCAUCGUGGUCCUCGUCAACCUGGUCAGCUUCGUCAUGUCGCUGCUCUUCCUCAAGGAGACGCUGCCGUCGGUGGAGAACACGCGCCGCACUCGCCCGCGCCCAGCAGUGCCGACGACGCCAUAG